AGGUGCUGCACUGUUUGACUGUUGACUGACCUUUGGUCCCGCGUGCUUGUUUCGGAUAUCGGCCGAGUAUGAUCGCUUGAAGAAGUGCCACCGCGCUGCCGUUGAAUUGACCCUCGCCCUCCCUCCGGACGCCGACCGCAAUUAGUGUUUUUGACUGUGCUCUUCUUAUUGUCGCCCUGCCCUGCCCCCGGUCAAACAUGGCACAGUCAAAGUUCAAGCAAGUGUUCAGCUACCAAUCGUGGGUUCACGCGGUGUCUGGAUCGGCGGGUAGCGUGAUUGCAAUGUCCGCCUUCUAUCCGCUGGACACAGUCCGGAGUCGGCUACAGUUGGAAGAACCGGAACGACGCAAGGCACUGAGUACCUGGCGGAUAUUGAAGCACCUGAUCGAGGAGGAAGGCUUCGCGACGCUCUACCGUGGCCUGGUGCCGGUGCUGGAGAGCCUGUGCAUUUCCAACUUCGUCUACUUCUACACGUUCCACAGCUUGAAGGCACUGCGUUCCGGGGGCAGCUCGUCGGGCCAGUCGGCGCUCGGAGAUCUGGUGCUCGGUUCGCUGGCCGGUAUCGUUAACGUGCUAACAACGACGCCCUUCUGGGUGGUCAACACCCGGCUGAAGAUGAAGGGCCUCGACCGGCGCACCGCCGGUGCUGGUAACGGUCACAUCGGUCACAAAGAGCAACACCCCAACAGCUCCACAAACGUCGCGUACGAAGGGCUGUUGGACGGGUUGCAGUACAUCGCGCGCACCGAAGGCGUACGGGGGCUGUGGGCCGGGGCCGUCCCUUCGCUGCUGCUCGUCCUCAAUCCGGCCAUCCAGUUCAUGGUGUACGAAGCGCUCAAGCGACGGCUUACGGAGGGACCGGCCGGCACCGUUACCCGCAGCCCGUCCGCCCUGACGUUCUUCGGUAUCGGAGCGAUCGCGAAAAUGAUCGCCACCGUGCUAACGUACCCGCUGCAGCUGGUGCAAACCAAGCUGCGGCACGGCAAUGCGGACAAAAGCCUCAACCUGCCGGUGGACAUCGACACGGUGCAGCUGCUGCUGAUAAUCCUGAAGCGCCAGGGUGUCGCCGGCCUGUACCGUGGGCUCGAGGCAAAGCUGUUGCAAACCGUGCUCACGGCGGCGCUCAUGUUCAUGGCGUACGAGAAGAUUGCCCGCUUCGUUACUUCGCUGCUCAUUACCAACCACGGGCCCAAGGGCUGAGUGGUGGUGACCGGGAGACCCGCGGAAAACCAAGCUCUUUCUUCCCGAAAGACACACUCUCUGUCUCUCUUUCUCGCUUCCCGGCAUCGGUCCCGGGACCCCCACCCGGUGUUGAUAAGGUGUUAUGUUUCACCCAGCCUGUCCAUUCUAGUCCUUUCCAUCACCAACCAUUUUUACUUUGCAUCUGUGAUGAUGAUACCAAGAGCGCCGGUCGUCCAUCCAUCCUACGCACACAUUCCGAUGAUCCCGGAGCGGGUUGUUUUAUUUAUAUAACCAUUUUACACCUCCUCUACCUAAGGCUUGAAAGGAGGGCAAAACGGCCAGCGCCAGGGUGGCUCGCAGCCGUAUCAUGCCGUUCUUUCUUUCUAUAAUCUUAGCAGAUAAGGGAUAAUGGGGAUUAAACUAAACCGGGACGCGCCCGGUGGGCGUAUGGGGAGGGAACGGCUUUUUUCUCAUUCAAAGACUAGAGUUUCCAAAGCAAAUGCUUGCUUUUAGUAGUCGUUGUGUGUGUGGUUCAUAAGAUAAUGUAUGAAUUUGCGUUGCGACCGAAC